AUGGCUGUCGUCCCGAACGGCACAGAGGUCGAAUCAGCGCCGCUGUCGGCGCCAAAAUCCAAGGAACAGAUACAUACGCUCAGCAUUGUCAUUCUGGUCGUGGCCACAAUCUCUGCACUCGGCGCACUCUGGAUGAUUCUAGGCUUUAUGAACAAGUCGUUGCGAACAUUUAGACAUCAGCUUAUUCUUGGUCUGGCACUGAGUGACUUUUUCAUGGCCAUCAACUUCUUGUCCUCGGCCGCCGUCAACCUGUCUGGCCAAAACAUUGGAUCGAAAGCGUGCAAGACCUUUUGCAGCUUCAAUGGCUUCAUGAUUCAAACAUUCGUCAAUCAGACGGAUUACUGGGUCUUGUCUAUUGCCGUCUGCACAUACGUCAUGGUCGACGACAGGAAAGCAGUGUCGCGUUGGAUUCAAAACAACAAAGUCGUGGUGUGGAUGAUACCCUGGGUGUUGUCCCUUCUCUGGGCAACUCUUGGGUGCUGGUUUACGAGCGACAAGACUCGACUCUUUGUCAAUUUUCUCCCUCGCUGGGUCAUCAUUGUGCUGAUGCUUCUCCUGUAUCUUCGCCUGCACUUCAUCAUCCACCGCGCCCACGACAGCUUUGUCUCCUUCAACGACGAGGACGAGUACCGCGUCGGGUCGGACACGUAUUCGGGGCCAUACUCGCUCUCCAAAAACGGCGGGUCCUGGUCGCUCCAGCCGGUGCAAGCACCGAAGAGGUCCGAGGGCUCCAGCCAGGAGCGCAUCGUGCCGGAGCCUGUGCCGUCCGCGGAAGCGCCGAGACAAAGGACGCGAAAGAGCCGAGGCGCUGCCGACUUGCGCAAGGUCCUGGUUUCUCAGCUGUCGUAUCAGAUGAUGCUGUAUCCGUUGGUCUACAUGCUCAUCUGGGCGUUGCCGACGGCGAUUCGAAUAUAUCAAGCUGUCAGCGGACACUCGGCACCAUUCGCCGUGGCCACCGUCGACAAGUCUUGCAUUGUUAUCCAAGGUCUGUGUGACGCUCUUGUCUAUGGAUUCAACGAAAGGACUCGGCGUGGUUGGAGGGAGCUCUUUACGCGGAAGAGGGAAACUUGA